UCUCGUAGUUUUUCUGCUCGGAAAACAUCAGACCGCUAAGGCAGCCUCUUUCAACAAUGUUUUCUGACCUGAAGUGCAUCAGAUCGAGUGUUUCAAAUCAAAAAGAGACAAAUCCCAACUUUACAUCCUAAUAUUGGUAAAAAGCUCAGCAUAAUUUUACAUUACUUAAUGCUGUAAAGUUGCUCUAGCUGACAUGUGAAUCAUAUAAUUGCUUUUAUAGCAUUGAAUUUCGGUCCAGUAACAAAUCAUCUUGUUUUUCUCAAAUUAUCUUCAGGUGAAUUUGACUUGUCUCGCAAAAAAAAAAAAAAAGAACCAAGUGUAAAAUGCAAUAAUUAAGAGCUAGCAGCCAGGUGAUUAAAUACGUAAUGCAAAAAUACAUGGUUACAAUAAAAGCAGAAAAUAACACAGUCAGCGAAACACCUGUUAAUCAAAGGCAUGGCUUCCGCUCUGCUGGACAAUUCUGGUCAUGAGGAGCUUCGGAUAACUAAAGACCAGGACUCUAAUACCAAAUCAAUGAUCUUGGGUUCAACGCCUGAAAAUUUUGGAGGACAUGAUUCACUGGCUUCACACCUGUCAAGUAUUGCCAAUAAGGUGGGGAACAUGGCGAAUCGGAAGACGCUUGUCACUGCAGCUGCUGCAACAGUUGGAGCAGCAGCUGCUGUGGCCGCAGUGCCUGUUGUGCUUUCUGCAGUCGGAUUUGGCACGGCUGGUGUGUCGGCAGGCUCGACAGCUGCUGGUAUUCAGUCGACAAUGGGCGGCUUUAUUGCCAAGGGCAGCCUGUUCUCACUCUGCCAGAGCUGGGGCGCCGUGGGCCUGCCAGCCGCUACUCAAGCCGCAACCGCAGUGGCCGGAGCUGGCCUUGGUGGCGGCGCUGCUGCUGUAGGUGCAUCAACCACGGUGCAGUCUGGGGCCGCCAAGAUGGGAGCGUGCCUCAAGACAGCUGCCAGCACCACUGCAGCAGUGGUGCCGGCAGCAGUGUGGUUCGUGGCCUCCAAAACGGGCACAUGUUUGGGCAGCGCCACGGCAGCGGUGAAGGCAGGGGCAGUAGCAGCUGGGAUGCAUCUGGGCAUUGGAGGCACUGAUGCAGCUGCUGACGCCCUUGAUAAGUUGCCAGCAGCGCGGCUAUAGAGAAUCCGUGCGUCAUCAAAGCACGCAUGCUUUGGAGACAUACUAUUAGAACAAGAAACAAGACACAGUACGCAAAGCCUGUGUGUCAUAUUUUGUCAUGUUUCGUUGUGCUCAUAGUAUAAGUCCAAUCCAGCUCACCCAGCUUACCAAUCAAAAUUCAUGGUCAGAAAUGGUCAACACUGUAUGUGUUUCGCACUCUUGAGAUGAUGCGUAUAUAUGGUGGGAGAUUAGACAAUUAAAUAUUUUAUUUGUAUUAAUGGGGUGUUGAUUACUUUGUGUAGAUGCCAGCGUGAAAGUUUGCAGGACUAUAACUAGAUCAUCAGUUGGCACAAUUUGCACAGAGGCUCAUUGCAAUAGCAAUACAUUGUGUGUGGUUGCUGUUUUGUGUUACAGCCACAUAGAAAUCUGUUCAACCAUAAUUACAGAGUGGGCAUCCUACUAUGGGAAACAGGCAUGGAACACUUGGCCAUACUGAAAAUAUACCAGCAAAAGUUCUCAUUGUUUCUGCUUGUAGCUUUUACCUGUGUUUUGUUGGCGAACUUUUUAGAGGUGGGCAAAUAUGUGAAGUUUUGAAUACAAAUUUAAUAUUACACAUUAACUAUUCAUAUUCGAAAAUGAGCUAGCAUAUGUAUAUUUUUGAAUACCUAUAAUUAGCCAAAUAUUUCGCAACAGCCAACAGUUAAAAUCUUGUUACUGUUCUCCAUCUGUUAAACAAAGUAAUCGCAAAUUAUCAGAUGUGAAACAAUGGGAAUAGCUUUCGAAGCAUCUCGGAAAGAAAAUCAAAAUUCAAGCUUUGUUUCCAGUUUCAUGGCGGAAGCGUACGUGACAACUCGUGAUUUUUGCUUGUAGUCUGUCAUUUAUUGCUUAUGACAAUCUAGUCAGCGGCAGUUUUACAACCAGUGAGUCUUUUCUGGCAACGCCUUUCUUACGGCACACAAGUCCAUCAGCAGCUUUUUUUCUUUUUCCACUAUUUCACAUUUAUUUUUGGCAACCAUUUAUUUAACGCUUUUGGAAAGUUACUCAUACAACACUUAUUCAUUCUUGGAAAGCUUGUUUGUUCUAAAGAUGUUAAGAGCCUAUUCAUGUAGUUUUUUAAGUGACAAUUGGUCUCUUAUAGGAAACGAGUGCACUUGCAGCGUAAAAGGAAAGGUUGAAUUUCACUAUAUUGAAACUAAACCUUUUAUGCAAUAAGUACAGUCGCCGAUGGAUUUUUCUACAUGAAAGGAGUAAAAAAAAUUUUAUGAAUUAUCGGGAAAUCAUAAAAACAAAUUUAAAUAAAAAAGAAAAAUAAUUUUGUUAAGACUUGUGAGUCUGCAAUGAAAGGUAGUUUCAUGCUGUGUCAACAAUAUCUUACAUCGGCAGUACGAAGUGAAGCCAGCCACAUUUUCACAUCCACUCUGCCCUCACAGCUUCUAGUCUUGGCCGCAGUGAAAUGAUGCUAUUACGAACAUUGCCGGCAGCAGGGAGCAAAUGCUUUGUCUGGUUCUCGCUUCAACGCGUCUCCUUAAGUUGAGAUUACGCAGUCUCGAGUACUAAAUGCGCAGGAAGACAGCGCACAUAAUGCUACACCCGCUUUUUGUGCACACAGCAGAUUACCUUUAAAAAAAAGGGCAUACGGGUUUCGUUGGCACUCAGCCACAUUGACAGCGAUGUGCAGCCAUGGAUGCUCUAGAAAAGCAUACACAUGCCAACCUGCCCUCUGCCCCCCUUUCCCGUUGCUCUCGUGGAUAGACAGUGCUCAUCGAGCCACCAUCCUUCUUGACUCACCUUCACAGACUUACACUCGCACCCAAAGCGUGCAAUGCGAGGGGCAGGAUAGGAGCUUAUCGCACUUGGACUUUACAUGGAACAUGAUGCUUCUCUGCUUAGCAGUUGUUCUUAUUCGUGCAGUGCCCAAUUGGAGAGGUCCAUUCGCAAGCAGCUGUUUGUAAUACAACUAUUUGACUCUCUGCACCUGCCAAAGUUUCCAUUUAUUGUCUCUAUAUUUCUUUGUGGUGGCAGUGAAUUUUUGUUGUAUUGAAAUCCUGUAUAAACACACUUUGUUAUAUUGAGGUUCAAGAUGAUGUUCAAUGAACAAGAAGAACUUGUAAAAUGUUGAAUACUCUGUUCUAUAAAGAAUUUUGUUAUCUGAA